GUUACCUCGCCUUCUGCAUUGAGAGUCGUCAGUCAUAAUUUUUUCGCCCGAUGGAACGAGUGUCAAUGUUCCCAGUUGUCGUGUGUGAUUUUAGUAUUGUCCCAUUUAUGCGAAAAUGAUUAAUCCACUGUAUAAAAUUAGGAAGGAAAUGGAAUAAUCUAAAGAAAUUACUAUAAUUCAAUGUGAUCUACUUUCACACACUUUCAUAUUGGCGAAUUUAGUUACGCACACACACAAAGCGUGCAUGGAUAUAUUCUUUUGUAGCCACAAAUCGAAAUAGCAAAACUUUCUCCAAUACCGGCAAUUGCUAAGCAUUUAUCAAUUUUUUGUUCGCAUUUCCUUAUACGUAUGCAUAUGUAUUAAUGAAUGGGCCAACGUCUUGUGUGACCGUAUCGUAGGAGAAACUUGUAUGUAUUACACAUAGUACAUAUGUAUAUACCGACAUAAUAUAUACGCGUUAUGAUAUUAAAACUAAAAUAUAUAUAAACAACCCAGCAGACUAAAAUCUAAUACCCACAUAUGUGAAGACCGUUCAUAAGUCUAUCUCAAAGCACACCACAUAUGAUUGAGUGUUCCCAUACACUACAUACUAAAUAUUUAUAAUGAUGGACUGGAAGGCACACAACCAUGGUCUCGCUUACCACCUGUUCCAAGGCGUUGUUUUACUUGCUGUUGCUUUAGAUUUAGCCAACUGUUCAGAGAGGGAAGUCUUACUAUGCUACAAAUGUUCAGUAACUGUGGAGAAGUAUUUUGUUGACAAUGUAACAAUUGUUACGCCGUUGUGCUCCAAGUUCGAGCAAUCUUCUGCUUAUGUCAUCCAGUGUCCGUAUUCGACGAUGUGUUUGAAAACGAUAUCAACUCUACAUCUUCAAAAUGGACAAGAGCAAGAAACCAUCACAAGAGGUUGUGCGCAGCAAAAAAACACAACUCAGGUAUUUCGCAACAGGCAGUGGGAACAGGAGCACUUGGUGCAGGAGGUGUAUAAGGAAGAAUGCACAGAAAUUCAAUCUAACAACUUCGCAGGAUCGAAAAUCGUGCACUGCUACUGCCGCGGCGAAUUGUGCAACUCAUCGAAGUAUUUUACUGUUGAUAGGAAACUAAUAAGCGUGAUUGUUUUACUCAGCGCUUUUUUGCUUUUCCGCAAUAUGUAAUUUCAUAUUUCACACUUAAAUAUAUAUAAAUGUAACGUGUUCGGCUUUAAGUUAAAAGUUGUUGUGAUAAUUUUAACCAUGAAUAUCUGCUAUGGCCUUUUGUGAUAAAGAAACCCAAUACAAAUGCUGCCCAGUCGGCUUUAUCAAGCAUAACAUACAUUUUGAAGAUAAAGUUUAUAACAUUGAAUAUUGUUGCAUUUAAAAAAUAACUAAAACGCUGAUUAUCUGUUGUUAAAGCUACGUGUGUUCACCUUUCUUGAGAAGUCUUUUGAG